GUUGAAUGCUAUUGUUGACUGUCUGCUGUGUUUUGUUUUGUUUAAAAACAAACAAACAAACAAACAAUUAAGUGAUAGCCUGCAUUUGAGCUUGUUCAGCCACACCCACGUUAAGUAACUCACAUUUUAACCAUUAAAAUUCCAAAAUAAAGGCAGGUUAGCCUUUACCAGCGUACAACGUGAAUUUUUGUAUUUCCUACAGCACCCUAACGCAACAUGUGAAGAGCCCUGCGCCAGGUCAGCUAAAUACCUUUAGAGUUUUACAUCUUCUCUUUGAGUCGCUUUCGUACAAACAUGUACUCAUGAAGACACCAUCCGGACAGAUCUCUGCUAUUUCCCCCCUGCCUGCGCUUUUUGUUUUACCUCACGGUAUCUUAGAAACUUUGGAAGUCGGUUUACUUUGUUAGAGAGCAGAAAGAGCCUACGCUGCAGCCCAGAUGUUUUUAGUUGGACCCUCUGUCUGCCUCCUCGGGAUGCUUUCACACACUGGUGCCUGAGGAGAACAAGAGGAGGCAGAUAAGCAUGAGUCGGCGUCUUCAGAUGAUGCUGAGAAGGAUGGUGAUGAUGAGGAGGAUACUCCAUAUGAAGGGGGAUGUGAUGUGCACAGUUCUGCUGCUGGUGCUCUUCUGCCUUCUGCUCUAUGCCCGACAUAUUGUGCUCUCCUCUGGAUGGGACAAACCUGUGUGGAAGCUGCACAUCCAUGGCUCCACCAACCCCAGUCGGACCCUGCUGGGAGCCAGUGGAGCGAAAGUGGGACAGGACUCUCAAAGGGAGUUCCCAUCCAGCCCUUCAGGCCCACAACUGCCUCCCUGUAAACCCCAGUCCAGGUUGAAAUCUCCCCAGUCCAAAUCCAAGUCUAAGGGCAAAUCCAAGUCACGAAGGAGGAAUGCUGUGCCGACCAAGGCUGCAGGCAAUCCCCUACCCACGAUGCCACCGUUUGACUUUGCGGGCUAUAUGAGAGAAAAAGACAACAGAAACUUUAAGCUGCUCAUAGACCAGCCAGAAAAAUGUCACAUUGGAGGAGCAGAGGAAGAAGGAGGAGGAAGAAAGGAGAGCGGGUCUAAUGCUGCUCCUUAUAUGCUUAUCGCAGUGAAAUCCAUAGCUGCAGAUUUUGAUAAGCGUCAGGUAGUUCGCCGGACGUGGGGUAAAGAGGGACAUUUUGAAAAUGGUGUGUCCAUCCGUACAGUUUUCCUCCUGGGUGUUCCCAAGAAUCACACCGCCCUGCCUCUGUGGGAUCGCCUCCUGGCCUAUGAGAGUCAUACCUUUAAGGACAUCCUGCUCUGGGAUUUUGAGGACACCUUUUUCAACCUGACACUAAAGGAAACGCACUUUCUGAACUGGGUCAACAGCAGCUGUCCUCAUGUCAAGUUCAUCUUCAAAGGUGAUGCCGAUGUGUAUGUCAACGUGGAAAACAUACUGGAGAUGCUACGAGGUCAAGAGCCAGAUGGGGAUCUGUUUGUUGGUGAUAUUAUUAUUAAUGCUAAACCCAUUCGCCGGCGCACUUCCAAGUACUAUGUGCCAGAAUUUUUGUAUGGAGGGGGUUUGUACCCUAACUAUGCUGGCGGAGGAGGGUUUGUGAUGUCGGGACAUACGGCUCGGAGACUUAGCUCUGCCUGUCAACAGGUGGAAUUGUUCCCAAUUGAUGACGUCUUUCUGGGAAUGUGCCUCCAGCUGAUUGGCAUCAAACCAUCACGGCAUCAGGGCUUUCGAACUUUUGGAAUUCCCCGACCAUCAGCAGCUCCUCACCUUCAGACAUUCGACCCUUGUUUUUACAGAGAGCUCAUGGUUGUUCACAGCCUCCGUGUGCCCCAAAUCUGGCUCAUGUGGAACCUCCUCCACGACCCCAAGCUGAGCUGCCACAACAGGACGAGCAAGAGUUCCUGGCCUUUUAAAUGGAGGGGGAAGCUGGGGCCGAUGGUGGGAGAGGAGACAGACUACGAUGAGAAACGGGUGUUUGUCACACAUUAGCGACUCUCUGUAGGGCUGUGUGGGCUCUGCAGGAUGGUUAUGGUGGAGGACCUGUGGCUAACUGAAAAGGCUUGUGAUGCGUUCAAAAGCACAGCUGAGCCAUAUGACACUUCAUACAAGCUGGCAGACAGUCAUGGGGGGAAAUGAACUGGCUACGGACAAAUGUGUUCCAGAUUACUCAGAAAGAAAGCCCCAAGAGAAUUUAGUUUUGGCAUUGGAGCCCCCAUCUCUCUUUUCACACUGUGAUUGUGAACAUUUGUGACUUUUAAAGCUUAAAAAUGGAUUGUUUACAGUUGUUUAUGUGCAUAGAAAUCCACAACAACCAACCAAGUGUGGUUAGCUGGUUUAACCCCAUUCACACAAAGUUGCAACAUUGUUAAUAUUCAGAUUAUGUGGAUAACGCUGGGAGUGGCUGAAGUGCAGACAGCAGAGACUUUUUGUGUUUCUCCUCUUCAUAAUGCUGGCUUGAUGCGCCAAUGGACGGUCUGUAUCUGUUCCCUGGAGGAACAACAAAUGAAGUCUAAAUAGAAACCAUCUGCGUGACGGAAACCAACUGGGACUCUGGCUCACACACACACACACGAACACUAACCAAACCUCUGCUGAUUUUCGGGCAUGUACUUUUAUGUGAACACAAUUUGUGUUAAUUAAUUUUUUCCUCCUAAACCUCUUCAAGUCUUUACCUCAUUUUCAAAUCAAUUAUUAUUUAAAGGAAGAUUCAGAUUCAUCUGCCAACACAUCCAAAGUUCACAGAUGUAGACAGAUUCUUCUCUUUUCUUUCUUGGUUAUAUUAAAAUUGUUGAAACUAGUUUUAUUUUUAUUUAUAUAUUUGACUAGUAUGGAUUUAAAAUUGAGUAUGAAAAAAUUGUGCUUCUUUUGAUUAAAUAAAUGUUAUGCCAUAUUUCA